AACAACCAUAAUAAUAGCAAUAAUAAUAAUAAUAAAAGCAAAAUAAUAAUAAUAAUAAAAGCAAAAAGACAGAGACAUAUGAUUUGGAUGAUGCACUGACACGAACACGUCAGAAACCUCUGAGACAAGAAAAGGGGGCAGCAGAGGCAAAUUGCAACGCAAAGUUGCAAGCAAAACGAACCCACUUGGACAAUUUGGUAAUUUCCCCCGCCACACAACCACGAAGGCAAAAAAAAAAAAAAAAAAAAAAAGUAAAGAAAGAAAUGUUUGAUACGCGUCUCUAUGAGGCCCAUAUUCCAUUCCCUUUACCGACCUCACAGCACAUCAAUACAUCUUCAAAUUCCCCUCUUCUCUCUCUCACAUCUCUUCGUCCUCUCUCUCACAUCACAAUUUCAUAAAAAACCUCUUUUUAAGUUUCUUGCUUCUUUCUCUCUGAAAGAAAAUUGAAGUCCUAACCAGUUGGCUCUUUUGUUUUAUCGUUCUCCAUGGCUCAGAAAACCGAGAAAGAAGAAACCGACUUCAAAGUUCCGGAAACGAUUACGCUUUGCGUCAACAACUGCGGCGUCACCGGAAACCCUGCCACGAAUAACAUGUGUCAGAAGUGCUUCACUGCCUCUACCGCCACCACUUCCGGCGCCGGAGGUGCCGGAAUAGCUUCUCCGGCGACCAGAUCCGGCGUCUCCGCGCGUCCUCAGAAGAGAUCUUUUCCUGAAGAGCCCUCGCCGGUGGCGGAUCCUCCUUCUUCGGACCAGACGACGCCGUCGGAGGCGAAGCGCGUGGUCAACCGCUGCUCCGGAUGCCGGCGGAAGGUCGGACUCACCGGAUUCCGGUGCCGGUGCGGCGAGCUCUUCUGCGCCGAGCACCGGUACUCCGACCGCCACGACUGCAGCUAUGACUACAAAGCCGCCGGAAGAGAAGCCAUCGCGAGGGAGAAUCCGGUGAUCAGAGCUGCGAAGAUCGUCAAAGUCUGAAAAAAGAAAAAAGAAAAAAAAAAAAGGAAAAACCCGAACGGAACGGAAUCUCAAAACGACGUCGUUGACGGUUGACGCGGUUUCGUGUUUUUUUUUUCUCAGAUUUAUAUAUAUAGAGAAGAAGGAAAAAAAAAAGUAGCAGAUGACAGAUUUAAGAGAGAGAGAGAGCGUGUGUGAGGUUUUAGAUUGAGAGAGAGAGAGAGAGAGAGAGAGAGAUUGUUGCUGAUAAAAGAUGAAGAAGAAUUUAUCUGAAUUUCUCUUGUGUUUCAUCGAUCAAACUCUGAUCGUUUUUUUUAUUUAUUUAAUUUCUCUUCUAAUUUUUAUGUUUGAUUUCUUCCUGAUUUGAUCUUGAAAUGAUAAAUUAUUGUGAUUUACCAUUAU